UCACUCCUCAAGCCCCUUUCAUUUUAUCCCAACUGUGUUCUGUCUGCGAUUAAUUAAAAACCACCAAAAAAAUCUGAGAAAAAUAUAAAUCAGACAGAUUUUUGUAGUCCUCCUCCAAAAUCCAAUCCCUGCUUUAAGGUUUCUUCAAGUUUCAAUUUUUGGCAAUGAAUUGCCCAGCCAUGACUGCUUCUCCUUCUUCUUGCUCUUCUUCUUCAUGUUCCUCCUAUUCUACGUUUCGUCCUCCACUCUUGCCACAAUUGAGUAACGAUUCACAGAGAUCUAUUGUACACUGUUCAAGAUUACCCUUUGAAGCAUUUGCUACUACUUCACCAAACCGGCUUCUUGGGAAACAUUCAUUGCCUUUGAGAGCAGCUUUGGUUUCUUCAAACCCUUUAAACAUUUCAUCUUCCUCUGUUAUCAGUGAUGCUAUUUCAUCUGCCUCUGUUAUCACUGAUGAUGCCAAAAUUGGUGUCUUGUUAUUGAAUCUUGGAGGUCCUGAGACUUUAGAUGAUGUUCAACCUUUCUUGUUUAACCUCUUCGCCGACCCGGACAUUAUACGGUUGCCACCGCUAUUCCAGUUUCUUCAGAAGCCAUUAGCACAGUUUAUUUCAGUAGCAAGGGCUCCCAAAAGCAAGGAAGGAUAUGCAUCUAUUGGUGGUGGUUCUCCUCUUCGCCACAUAACUGAUGCACAGGCUGAAGAAUUAAGAAAGUCCCUUUGGGAGAAAAAUGUACCAGCAAAGGUAUAUGUUGGUAUGCGGUAUUGGCAUCCAUUCACUGAGGAAGCCAUUGAACAGAUAAAAAGAGAUGGAAUAACAAAACUAGUUGUUCUACCACUUUAUCCUCAGUUUUCGAUAUCGACUAGUGGUUCAAGCCUAAGACUCUUGGAAAGAAUAUUUCGAGAGGACGAGUAUCUUGUGAACAUGCAACAUACUGUUAUACCAUCGUGGUAUCAGCGGGAGGGAUAUAUAAAGGCAAUGGCAAAUCUAAUCCAAAGCGAGUUAGGAAAAUUUGGUUCCCCUAGUCAGGUUGUAAUAUUUUUCAGUGCACAUGGCGUGCCUCUUGCAUAUGUUGAAGAAGCCGGUGAUCCUUACAAGGCAGAGAUGGAAGAAUGUGUUGAUCUGAUCAUGGAGGAAUUAGACAAGAGAAAGAUAACUAAUGCUUACACUCUUGCUUAUCAGAGCAGAGUUGGACCAGUGGAAUGGCUAAAACCAUACACUGAAGAAGCUAUUACUGAACUUGGUAAAAAAGGUGUUGAAAAUCUUCUGGCUGUACCCAUAAGCUUUGUGAGCGAGCACAUUGAAACUCUGGAGGAAAUAGAUGUUGAGUAUAAAGAGUUGGCUUUGAAGUCUGGUAUCAAAAACUGGGGGCGAGUACCUGCGCUAGGAACAGAACCUAUGUUUAUAUCUGACUUGGCAGAUGCUGUUGUGGAAAGUCUUCCAUAUGUUGGAGCUAUGGCAGUCUCAAACCUUGAAGCUCGACAGUCGUUAGUUCCGCUCGGGAGUGUAGAAGAACUAUUAGCAACGUAUGAUUCACAGAGGAGGGAGUUACCAGCGCCGGUGACUAUGUGGGAAUGGGGAUGGACAAAAAGUGCAGAAACAUGGAACGGAAGAGCAGCAAUGUUAGCGGUGCUAGCACUCUUGGUGCUCGAAGUCACCACGGGAAAAGGGUUUCUGCAUCAGUGGGGGAUCUUGCCUUCAUUAUAAUAAAUAACAUAUAGUCUUUUUCUCUAUCACAAACCAAAUCCAAGAUUCCAAAUGUGAGCUUUCUCAUGUGGAAUAAGGCCAGCUAUGUUACUAUACUCUCUUCUUCUUUGUUGUAGAAUAUUGAAAUUAUCUACUUCAUACUGUAUCUUUCAUAAAACAUUAAAUCAAUUUGAUGAGAA